UGUCAAGUGUCAUUGUCAAAUUUGUCAUACAGGUGUUUUAUGAGGUGUUUGCUGUGUUGUGAAUCAAAUUCGAUAAAAUAUUUAUAAAAUAAUUACUUUUAUAUCCAAUUAUUCCUUAAUACCUAAGUCAUCAUGAACAAUCCAGCGAUGAAUUCAGCAACUCCCGGUGUGCCGCAGGUGCCUCUACUGGAUGACGACACCGUAGCCUUCGGUGAAGAGGACAAUGCUAACAAACAGUUUGUGCAUCCAUACAUAGUAUUCUUCCACAUGGUGUUUCGUUGUGCAGCGCUCGUCGUGUAUGUGCUGUGUAACUGGUUCUCUGACUCCUUCAUUGCAAGCUUUGUGCUGAUUGUACUAUUACUCUCGGCUGAUUUCUGGACUGUCAAGAAUAUAAGUGGAAGAUUGCUGGUUGGUUUGCGAUGGUGGAACUAUGUAGAUGACAAUGGAAAAUCACAUUGGGUGUUUGAAUCCAGACAGAACCGCAUAAACCCGAAUGAGAGCCGUCUGUUCUGGAUGGGGCUGAUCCUCUGUCCAUUGAUAUGGACCAUGUUCUUCAUUAUCUGUCUGUUUGCAUUCAAUUUCAAAUGGAUGCUGGUAGUGCUCAUCGCACUCACCCUGACAGGCGCGAACCUCUACGGCUACAUAAAGUGCAAGUUCGGCGCCAAGGAGAGCAUCAAGUCAGCCACCACGGAGUUUGUCAAGAAACAAAUCUUCCAAAACGCGCCAGCAUUUAUGUUCUCACAGCCCACGCCGCCCACCACGAAUAAUACCGGUGUUAUAUAAUAUUCCUGUGUAACUUCUUACAAAUUUGACUUUAUUUGUCAAAUUUUGGUAGAGUUUCUUUUACCAACAAAGUUUGACAUUAGGUAAUCGACCAGGUAAUAAAACCACGGCUCAGUAAUUACAUUAAUCUUUAGGGUGUCCCUAUCAAAAUUGAGUGAAUCUGAGUCACUCAGCUCAGUGGAGCAAAAAUGUGUUUCUUGUGAAAUUAUAACUGCACUACUGUUAAAAGAGGUAAAUCUCUGGAACUUGUGUACUUGUCCUAAAAUUCUUUCACUUAUAAAAAGCUACACUACUUUAAGUAAUGUAGGCUACAUUCAAUUUCGAUGUGGUUACUUACUUCUAUUCCGGGAAAAGUCACGCGGAUAGAAAUCCGAAUGAAAACUGGAUGUUUAAUAUUUUUUCUAGCUCCUCUAUAUUUACUACAGCAGUGUAAUUACUUUGCCGUCACAUAACAUACCUUAUUAGUAAUGUAAAUAAAAUAUAAUAGAUUAUUUAUGUGUGCUGUAAUUGACAUUCCUAAAUUCGUGUGUGAUUCCAUUAAAAGUUUUUCGCAGCUUAUAAAGAGUCUAGUUUUAGAAAUGUCUUUGUGAAAUAAAUCGAUAUCUUGGGUAUUACACGUAACGUGUUUCCGCGCUCGACUCCAUGGUAUAUUCGAGACUAAAGUAAAUUUCAUCACACGAAACUUAUAAUAAACUAAACACUUAAAAGUUCUAUAGACAUAUUAUGUAAGCUGUCCAUUGUAUGUCUUACGAAUAAAUUAUUUUAAAUAAACAUAUAAAUUGUAUAAAAUUAUCACAGAAAAGUAGUUAUUACGAAAAUAAAGAAGUAUGUCUAAAAAUGAUUUUAAUAAAAUGAAUACAGGUCGAAAUGGGAAAGGUAGAGAUGUGAAACUAUUUUUUUUCUGAGGAGCAAAGCGGAGAUAAGGAUAGUUUUUUUAUUUGUAGCUGGUGGAAGGAUUAUAGUAUCGACCCGGAAAUCUAUCAACGUAUAUAAGAUGUAAAACCCGCCAGAGUGGCCCACGUUAAUGUGUCGCGUUCCGAGAUCAAUCUGUGUAUAUCCGGCUGGCAAAAUUGUGUUGUCUGGCGAGGGAUCAGAUACGAUAGGAUCACUUUAGCAUGGUUGCCUAAAAAAAGGUUGAUCUAUCCUAUACGUAGCAUCUCUUGCGUCUGCGCUCCGCUUCAGGAAACGACCCGCAUGCUAAUCGACGUUUCUUCG